UGGCCGAUCGUCCUCAGCGAACCCCGGGGCAGGCAAGGCCCUGCCGACCAGGCCUUGUCGCUGCCAGCUCCAAGGGACGAAUGUUGAAGCCACGCUGCACUCGCUGCCGUGCCCCCCCCCCACGCAACAGACAAAGCUCGCCCGCUGUUAUGCAAGGGCGAACCGGAAAGUGUGUAAACAAACACUCUCCGCGCGUCGCCGGUAAUCCGGCCGGGGUGGGAACUUGCACAAAAGCAGACACUCUGCCUUUGGCUGCCUGGGCCGAUAGCCUUGGCCUAUCAGACCGCCUUCUGCUCCGACAUUCUCUCCGAGCAGCGCCCAGAGUUUGCCGGCUUCCAUCCACCCAUCCGUCCGGACGAAUCUCUGCAGCUCCGUCGGCAUCGCCCAACAUCACCCCAUCCAGCUCGCCCAUGAUGCUCCGACACAAACGGCGAGGCCAUCCCGUCAACCUCAAGAUGGGCCAAAAGACCCGCUUCGUUGGAAAGUACCUGGGCGACUCGUACUCGCUCCGCAUCGAGUCGCUCGUCCUGCGACUUCUUGAGGCCCAACAGGCCAACACCGGAUACCGCUUCACCGACCAGGCCGUGCUGUCUGUGCGCUCGCUCUUUGCCUCCUCAUACUCGGACCAAGACCUCAAGCCCUGGCGGAUCUGGCUGCAGCCCUCGUCCCUGACGAAGCUGCUGCUUGCCAUGUCCAUCGCCUGCCCGCCCUCCAACCUGUCGCCCUCAUACGCCGAAUUCAUCGAGCUGCUCUUGAAUCUGGCCGAGAUGCCAUCGCUCCCGAUCGCCAUCCAGUCACAACUGCUGGAGCCCUAUGUUCCCAAAGACAAGAUCCGGCAGACGUCGCUGGAACCAAAGGACGCUGCUUUGUCGGCGCUGUCGUGGCCGUCUGCGGGGUCGCCAGAGAGCGACGACUCGAGCUCCAGAGGCUCAGCGACAACGGCCUCGGACCAGAAGCGGCGGAUCACUGUCCAGUCGCUCAUGAACAUGGACGAUUCGCUGGACGACGCCUGCGACCUCGUCGGGUUGAUCCCUCUGAGCUCCUCGUACGAGCUGUCCAGGGCCACCACGACCGAGGCCAUCCGGGUCUUUUUCGAUGCUGCUUCCAUGCCGCCUGUUCAACCCGUCCGUCACCUCAGCGAGAUGGGCCACCUUGCCGGACUACUUGCAAGAUAUCAUCGUGGCCCUGGGACUCAGCGACAUGGCUCGGUCGCAGACGGACCAGCGGGCCAUUGUGCCUUACUACAUGAAGUCGCGCGCCUCGAUCGUCAAGGCUCUCGAAGAUCCGACACUCGAGACUGUUCAAGGAUUCUUGCUGCUGGCACGACUGUCAAAGUGUAUGAUAUGCGAUUGGAUCCAGAGAUUCUCUGAUGCACGAUCUGGUCUUGCCCUCGAUGCAUCGUCGCCCGCUGAGUGCGGCUCGGGAUGGGAUCCUUGG